AUGCGGUGGCUCCUGGUUCCCACCAUCUUCAUCAUCCCUUAUACUCAACAGUUUUCCCACAGCCCACCAGAGCAGCCUGGAGAUAAACCUUCAGAAACUGGUGAAGUGCAGCGCAAGGAGGUUUGCCACUGGCCGUGCCGAUGCCCGCCGGUGCCAGCCUGCACCCCUGGGGUCAGCCUGGUGAAGGAUGGCUGUGGCUGCUGCAAGGUGUGUGCCAAGCAGGCAGGAGAGCCCUGCAAUGAAGCUGACGUCUGUGAUCCCCACAAAGGGCUCUACUGCGACUACUCGGAAGAUGAGCCUAGGUAUGAAACAGGCGUGUGUGCAUAUCUGGUAGCUGUAGGAUGUGAGCUCAAUGGAGUUUAUUAUGCCAACGGGCAGACCUUUCAGCCCAACCGGCUUUAUAAGUGCCUGUGUGUCAGUGGUACAAUCGGAUGUACCCCUGUAUUCACACCAAGAGUAGCAGGAAGCCCCUGUACCAGGGUCCCAGGCAGAAAGAAGCCAGGACAACCCAUCUGUGGCCUGGGACAGCACAAGCAACUUCAAUCAACCAACUACAGACUGAUGUCAGCUUACAGAAGCUUACCACUAGUUUUGAAGAAGAAGUGCCUCAUACAGGCAACUCCCUGGACACCCUGUUCCAGUACCUGUGGCAUAGGCAUAUCCAGCAGAGUGACCAACGACAACAGAAAAUGUGAAAUGAAAAAAGAAAAGAGAUUAUGCUUCAUCCAGCCUUGUCUGACCAAGAUGCUGAAGAAAAUAAAGAUUCCAAAGGGAAAAACAUGUCAACCAACUUUCCAGCUUCCAACAGCAGAGAAGCUAGUUUUUUCUGGAUGCUCAACUACUCAAAGAUACAAACUAACUUUCUGCGGAGUGUGCUUGGACAAGAGGUGUUGCAUUCCUAACAAGUCCAAAAUGAUCACUGUACAGUUUGAGUGUCCCAACGAAGGCUCCUUCAGGUGGAAGAUGAUGUGGAUAACAUCAUGUGUGUGCCAGAGGAUUUGCAGUGCUCCAGGAGAUAUAUUUUCCCAACUCAAACUGCUAUGACAAAUUAUACCAUUGACUGUAACACAUGGAGUGCAACAGCACAUUUACACCCUGAAGAGUCAGCAUAACCCCCUGCCACAGCAGUGUUUAUAAUGAAACUACACAUGUGAAUAUUCAUUCAUUUAUUAAAUAGCACCUGUAAAACGCCAGAGGGCAUCUUUUUAAAUGUAACUGGUUUUACAUGGAGAGAUACAUCCUUCUCAGAAAUGUAUCUAACACCAGCAGCGCUCAAACAAGAACUCUUGGUGACUGUGAAAGAUGCAGCAAGAGAGCUUCAUACCCCACUGUAACAAGCUUUUGCUGACAAAUACAAAUAGAUGCUCCAACCUCUUAGGAAAAAAAUUGCCCUGUAAUACUUCAUCUAUCAUUCUUCAUUUUUAAAUUAACAUUUUCUGCUACACAUGUGAAAUAGUAAAACACAGCAAUGCUGAAACAUUGAAACAGAU